AUGGAGGAGACUAAGGUUAUCUAUUACGUUGAUGACGAGGAGACUCCAUACAUGACUAAGAUACCUCUCAGUCCAUCAAAAGUGAAACUCUCAGACCUCAAGGAACAGCUUAGCCGUCCGGGUCCUUUCAAGAAAUUCUUUUUUAAGUCCAUCGACGAUGACAUUGGUGUUGUCAAGGAAGAGAUUAUAGAAGACAGUGCUUUAUUACCAACAGCAAAGGGCAGAAUUGUCUGCUGGGUGGUAUCAGAAGGAAGUGCUUCCGGAUCAGACGUAGCUAGUAAAGACCUCGAGACUAUUAAAGAGAAGGAUGAUGAUGAAGCGUCCAUUGUCUCUGGAGUUUCAAAGUCGUCUCGGCAUUCUACUAGUAGUAGAAGGCACCAUCAUCAUCAUCACCACCGCCAUCAUAGGAGACGCCAUGACAGACACAAGCAACCAGGAAGUGUCACCGAUUACGAAACAGCGACCGAACUAACAGCAACAGACCUUGAGGCGUCUUGCUACGAGACGGAGGACACUGCUAGUCGAUUGAGUGUCGAGACAACUAGUACCGUCACUUCGCACAAGCACCCACGGAAGAAAGUACUGACUAAGAAGAAAGUCCCUAGAAGCAUGUCCAUGAGUACAAUGACCACAUCAACAAUGUCUGAUGCCUCCAUGGACAUUUUAACAGUCACUCUCAACAUGGAUGCAUAUAACUUCCUUGGUAUAAGUAUCGUCGGUCAUGCCAAUGACGAUGGCGUGGGCGGAAUAUACGUAGGCACCGUAAUGAAAGGUGGUGCCGUAGCAGCCGACGGAAGGAUAGAAACUGGAGACAUGUUGCUACAAGUGAAUGAUAUCAGUUUUGAGAACAUGAGUAACGAUGAUGCCGUGAGAACACUCAGAGAAAUAGUACAGCAACCUGGUCCAAUUAUACUGACAGUUGCCAAGUGUCUCGAGCCAGAAGCAUAUGCUCCUAUGUUUGAGCCUAGACUGGAGCCUAUAAGACCAUUGGAUCCUUCAGCUUGGGUGAUGCAUACCAAUGCACAGAGAGCAGGUGACUACGGUCGUCCGUUCACCAGUAGCCCUACUAUGAGUACAAUGACCUCAAAUUCCUCUCCUUCUCUUGCCUCGUCCAUUCCCGAGUCUGAGAGAGACCUUGUGAAGCUCAACCUCACCUCCCCUCUCUAUCGUGUCGCCAAGGCAAUGGCUGCACCUGAUUCUGGUCUGGAAGUGAAGGACAGGAUGUGGCUCAAGAUGCCUAUACCCAAAUCGUUCAUAGGAUCUGAUAUGGUUGAGUGGUUGCACAACAACGUUGAAGGCUUUAUUGAUAGAAGACACGCAAGGAAAUAUGCAGCAAUCAUGCUUAAGCAAGGUUUUGUUAAGCAUGCAGUGAAUAAGUACACGUUCUCAGAGCAGUGCUAUUAUAUAUUUGGUGACUUUAAAAAGGCAGCUGCUAACAACUUAUCAACUGAAUUAACUCAAUUACAUUUAAGUGAUAAUUCAGGUGGUGAGACAGACACCCUUGGGCCACUGCCAUCGGAUAGGAACAAUGGGCAGGGUUGGUCUUCAUCAGACGAUCAGAUAUCCCUCCCGACCAUUGAAGGAUCUUUCUACCCUCAUUUAAUGCACUCCCAUUCCAACUCACCUGAGGGUCAGAUGCAGCACCACACUGGUUCUUCUGCCAGUAGCUCCAGUGCCGCUGGGUCUGGUUACGCUCAUUAUCCACCUCGUCAGCACUCCGGCUCCCCCUCAGACCCUCGUCAAUAUCCCUCCCCUCGCCCAAGCCACUCCCACAUGGAACUACCGCCCCAGAUGCGUAUGCGUCACUCCAACAGUAUUAGUUCAGCCUCAGAGUUCACUAGCGUCUCACAGCAACAAUACCAUCACCCUGGCAACGGGGGUGCUAUGGGUGGGGCCUCUCUUCCUCCCGAUCGCAUGAGUCUACGUUCGUUGAAUAUUGGGGGCCAGGUCCCCCCGGGGGUUUCCGCCAGUCGGGCUAGUUUUCAACAAGCUCUCGAUAAUCCUUGCGAAUAUUUUAUUGACGUGAUGUGA